AUGCUACCUUCUAGAGGUGCUGGGAGGACUGAGCAGGAUAUCUGCAAAGUUGGAACAGAGAAAGAACAGGAGUAUCAGCUAACCCCAGGUCACCAAGCAGAAAAUGGGGGGGAUAUAGUGCAGCCAACAAGACCCUGUGACACUCUGACCAGCGAGGCAAACGUCCGGGCAGAUAAGAGGGAGCUGGCCCAUACGCUGAAGCAAUCUCAGGCGUUCCUGUUGACCACUGCAGCCAGGCAGCUGAGCAAACCCCGCCAGGGCUUCAUGAAGUGCCUAUUGGAAGUGGAGGAGGAAAAAGAGGCCACCCAUCCGAAGGCCGUGAAGACCCGGGUCCUACUAAACAAAAAGUCCUCCAGGCCCUGCUCCCGGGUACCCACCUCAGGCUCAAACCCCUCUCCACACCUCCCUCGAACCCAUGCAGUGGCCACAGCCAUGGCAGUGACUGCGUCCUGGGUCCAGAUGCCAGCCUCAGUGCUGGUCCCUUCUUCGGCGGGACCGGGGUCAGUACUGGAAGUGCAAAACCCCAUUAUGAAUGUGAACUGGAAGAAGACUGACUUCUUGCUCCAGAGCAGCGAAAAGAACUUGAAUUACACCAAGAUACCGUCUGAGCAGGAGGAGGAGUGCACCCUGGUGAAGUUCAUCCAGAAUUUGGAGAAAUUCGAGGAACAUCUGACCGCUAAGCAGGAGGAAGCCUUCCGAAGUUACUUUGAGAUCUUCAAAGGCCAUGGCGAGGUGGAUGCACAGAGCCUGGAGAACAUCCUGGUCCUCAUGGGUAUCCCCCAGAUGCCAACCCAGGUGGAAGCUGCCCUGAUAAGCGCUGACGUGGAUGGAGAUGGUCAUGUGACCUUCAAAGACUUCUUGACUGUGAUGACAGACAGCAAGCGCUUCUUCUCCUCUGUGGAACAGAAUGCCCUGGCGGACGUGGGUCCCUUGAACCCCUACACUCUGUUCUUUGAGAUCCUGUCUCUGCUGGUAGAAAUGCUGGCCUUACCUGAGGCAGCCUUAGAAGAGAUCACCAACUAUUACCAGAAAAAGCUGAAGGAAGGUACCACUAAUGCCCAAGAGACGGAAUCGAACAAUGGCCGACUUCAGUCCAGGAAGAAGAUUUCUUUGGCCUCACAGCAGGAAGAAACCCUUGUGGAAAUUCCAGAACGCAAGGUCCUCAGAAUCCUGAGCCAGCUGAAGCAACAGAACUAUGGUACUAACCCACAGAGUGCCUAUCCCCAGAUGUCCUGCAUUCCAUUCUGCCCAAAACUGAAUACAAAGACAGGCAACCGAAAGCAGAGUAACAAAGAUAUGCUGGAACAGUAUACCACUACCUACCUUGGCCGUGACAUCCGGAGCCUCCUCUUGCAAUCAGGCUCUCAAGGAAGCGGGGAAUACAGCUCUGAAGAUGCAAAGUGGCUCAGCUCUGUGCUGGCUCGGACCCACUGA